GACGUAAACUUUAUAAACUACGAAAAAAGCCUAUCGAAAAUGGCUUCCUUUGUAAUCAAGUGUACGCUUUAUUUAUAAAUUAAUCGUUUUGUUAUUAAUACGCGCUUUAAAAUGAUUACAAAUAAGUAGUAAGGUUUCCAAUCACGUUCUUCAGUGUGUUGAUAGACAUUAGUGGGGUGUUCUCGACGUAUUUAACCUGAUCCAUUACAAAGCGUUGCAUGAAGAUGGAGGUUGCCCCUCAGGAGGAACCGUUACAUGAUAAUAAUACGGAAGAUGCGGUUGCGAGUAACGAGAACGGCGUGGGAGACGAGAUUCAACCGGACGUGGCGGCGAAGGAGGCGGUUGUCGAAGAGCCGGUAGAACAUGCGGUUUCUAAAGCAGAGGAGGAGGAGCAAGCGCUUAAAGAAGGCGGUGAGGUAGGAACCGUCGAGGAGGUGGCUGUAGUUCCGGAGGUAGCAGAUCCUUUGACUGUGGAAGAGAGCGUGGAGACGGAGCCGGUUGUCAAAUCUCAACCGGAAGUCGAGCCAGCACAACAGGUUGAUGAAGUCGCUGUGGAGGAGACCGUAGCGGCUCCAGAGACCGAGGGGCAUGUCACCGAAGAGUGUAUGGAAGCGGCUCCGGUAGAACAGGACGAAAUUCCUACGCUUGAGCAAGUCGUCGUCGAGGAGGCUCCUCCCACAGAGCUUACAUUAGCGGAAGAACCUGCGGAUGAUUGCACCGAUAAAGUUAAUGGAAUGCCUGUACUGAUAAGCGAGGAGGAGGCAGCCAAAAAUGGGGCCGAAGCGACAAAAUCAAAUGAGGAUGACUUAGAGUCUGAGGAGGCAGAUGAAUCACAUCCAUCCGAAGCAAAAGAAACUACGAUACCGCCUCACAUACUCGGCCAUUCUUUGGAAGUGGACGACGAGAUCCGCAAUGGAAAAGUGCGGAAACCGAGGUUGGGUGUCAAAAUUCCGUACAGAAACCUCACGAGUCAAAUUGUGUCGAAGCAAGAAAUUGCGGAGGAGAUCAUGGAACGGUCGCGUAUAAGGAAUUUGACGGCCGAAGCGCCCGAAGGGGGCGACAUCUUUUUUACAAAAAAACUCACCAAGAGGCUGGCCACCAAAAUAGCCCCAACCCCGAAAGGUCAGUCAAGCGCGUCGGUAAAGGUUGAAGGUAGUCAGAAAAGUGGCAGUUCCAGUUCGAGCUCCCCAAAAGUUUCAACUCCAAGCAAGAAGGUAACGGAUAGCGGCACCAAGAAAACGGGCGAAACUACCGCUAAGAAAGUGAUGGACACUUCGGCUAAGAUCAACGAUAAUUCGGAUCUAAUCGCAAUUUUGGAAGGGGACGAUGAUUGGGAUUUAAUGCGGCUGAAAAGUAAGCCCCUGGAAAAACGCACGCCCGAAUGGGAGCGGGAAACCGCCUUGAAGCAGUUGCGCGAGUUACCCAAGCAUCGAGGUUACUCCAAAUCCAGCUCCAAGAGUUCCCCCGAAAAAUCAAAGCCUCCCCCGUCCGUCGAGGCCGCGGAAGAGGAUCCUCUGCAAGCGGACGACAACCAAGAGCCCAAAUUUUCCAUGGGAUUAGUCACAAAAACCUACACGCGAAAACGGAAAUCUUCCGAAGAUAUUAAACUGCUAGCGGCCACCAUUUUACAAUCUCAAAAGAAAAUUAUCAGCGAGAAAGAGAAGAAGCCUUCCAGUUCCGCUCCAAAUUCGGACAAGGUCAGUUCGCACUCGAAACCGAGAACCUACUCCCACAAGUCGACCAAAAACGAAAUGCCCAGCCUAAAGAAGGAAUCGGCAAGCGCGCCCGUCACGCCGAAACAUUCCACAGUUCCGCCGACCCUCACCCCCAACGUGGACGCGUCCGAAAUACCCGACAACCUCCAGCCGCAAGUGAUCGUCGCGAAAGUGGCAAUCGAAACCAAAACGCCGUCGCCCGCCAAAAUCGUCAAAACCCCCCUCUCCUCGCCGAACACCUACAUCAGCAAAAGCUCUCGAAUCGUCAAAAAGAAGAAGAUAUGGGAUCCCGACGAGGAGACCACGCCCAAAUAUUUCAAAGUGCCCAACCUAAAAUCCCCCGAAACCGUUCACUCCGACACCCCGAAACCUUCCGUUCUCAAACCGAACAACGACAAGACGCCCGUCGUGAAGAAGCCGUCGAUUAAAAAGGUCAUGAUGAAGAAGAAGAAGCCGAAACGUCUCACCGAGGUCGAUCGUCUGCUAAUGGACGAGGGCGCCGUGAAUUUACUGUACGCGGUGAAGAACACCGACGAAAUCGGGGGCGAGAAAAAGAAGAAGAGCGUGAUAUCGCUCGAUCGCGCUCAGCGCGAGCUGAAGAACAAGACGAACGAGAUCAAAAACGACCUGCAAAUCAACAGCACGAAGGACUCGCCGAUCUCGCUCCGAAAGAAGGAGGGACCGUCGAAGACCACGCCCACCAAGGAGAUCGCCGCCUCGGUGCUACAUCGGAAGAAGUCGACGAGCUCGGCGAACAGUCCGCCGGCGUCCCCCGCGUCCUACAAUCAGCACGCGGAGGCGUCGCGCAUAAUCAGGCGGCAUUCGAGCAGCUCGUUCUCGAGCGAGAAUCCCGAGGGCGACGAUUCGGAUAGGGGCAUCAGACAGAAGUCGGACGGGACGCGUAGGAAGAUACGGCCGCGCUCCGAGAGGAACUCGUCGACGUUCAUUAUUCAGCACCAGGACGGCGACGAGGUGGAAUCGGUGAUGACGUCGUCCGACGAGAAGUACUCGAGGUUCGGCACAUUCAAAGUGGUGACGUUUCCCAAUUUCGUCCAGAUUAUUUUGGAGCCGCAACCGACGGGGCGUACGACUUUGUCGGUUGAUUCGUUAACAGAACUGAGGGCGAUGCUGCACCUGUUGUCGAACGACGAUGAGUGCUCCGUAGUUCUACUCUCGUCUUCGGGGAAGACGUUCUGCGAGGGGCUCAACUACAAGGAGCUGUACUGUAAUAACAGAAUCGAGUGCAUGAACAUCGCCGAGAAUUACGCGAUGUCCGUGCGGGAUUUUCUGAUCAGUCUCGCUCAGUUCCCGAAGAUUUUGGUCGCGGGCGUUCACGGCAACGCGAUGGGACUGGCCGUGACCAUGCUGCCCCUGUUCGAUAUGGUAUUCGCGAGCGACGCGGCCAAGUUCAGUGUACCGUACGCGUCGCUGGGGUGCGCUGCGGAAGGCGGCGUAUUGCUUUCGGCGCCGCACGUGAUGAACGGCGCCUUGGCAAGCGAAUUGUUUUUCGGCUCGCGCAAGUUGACGGCAAGUGACGCUUUACGGUUAGGGUUAGUGACGCGGACCUUUUGGCCCGAGAAGUUUCAGGAUGAACUGAUAUCGGUUUUAAAAGCUAUAGCAGAUCAAUCGCAGCAGAGCAUGCAGGCAAUAAAGAUGCAAUUAAAAGAUCAUCUACUAUCGGACGUCGAGACCCUACUGAAAUCGGAAUCGUCGAUUCUGGUACAGCACUGGACGAGCAAGGAGUGUCAGGCGAACUUUAUGAACUACGGCCCGAGCAAGUGAUACAGGAGACGCGCGGCGUCCGUGGCGACGUCCAGCAUUGUUGGUACAAAUUACAAAAUUUUAGACACUUGUUUCGUUAACAUAGGAAAACCGGUUGCAUUGUAAAUUUGACGCGAAAACAAACAUUGUGAAUGCGAAUUUCUAAAUUUUUGAUUUAUCAAUUUUUACCAAGGAAAAAAAGCAGAAGAAGGAAAAAUGGGAAACAUAAUUUAUCUUAUUAUGUUAGAGUGAAUUUAAAUUAACGUUUUUGGGACUAUUUUGUGCAUGGUGCUGAAAUUUUGAUUCAUUUUUAUUCUUUGACAUUUUGAUUAACUUUAGGUAGAGACGUUUAUGCAUUGUAUAUACAGAGUAUCUUCUUUGUAGUUUUAAUAAAUCAAUUGUACUAGAAUUAUGAUCUAUUGUUAUGUUUAGUUUCUACUUGCAAUUUGUUUCUUCAUUUCAUUCUUUGGAGAGAUGUGCUAACAUUAAGAUAUAAACAUAUUCUUCACCGGGGUAAUUUUAGUGUUCAUUCAUUAUUUUUUUAGCACACAGAUCAGGUAUAAUAAAAAUAUAUGAAUUUAAAAUUUGUAUUUUGUAUGUAAAUAAACAUGAAAUUCUUU